GCCAAGUACCUUGUUUUCCAAAUCAUCAACAAUCUUUGGCUUCAUCCAUUAUCGAAGUACCCGGGCCCGCUACUAUGGCGCGCAUUUCGAUUUCCCUUUCUGCUCUCGAUGGUGCGCGGGAAUCUACCGCAUCAAAUCAAGAGUUUUCAUGAAAAAUAUGGUGAUAUUAUUCGCGUCGCUCCUGAUGAGUUAUCUUUCAUCGUCCCUGAGGCUUGGCGGGAUAUUUACAGCAAAGGUCGGGAGUUCGUCCGCCCAGACCAAUUCAAGGAUCAACCGCCUGGUAAGACAGCUGCCAACUUGAUUGCAUGCUCAGAACCAGAACACGCUCGACUUCGAAAAAUACUUGCGCCUGGAUUUUCUGAAAAAUAUGCCAUGGAACAGGAGCCCUUCAUCCAGUCUUACAAUGACCAAUCAUCUGCAGUGGAUGUCGUUGAAUGGAUCAACUAUCUUGCCUUUGACGUGAUCGGAGAUCUAACUUGGGGAUCUUCCUUUGGCUGCUUAGACGGUCUGACCUACCACCCAUGGGUUCAAACGGUGGGCCAGUUUAAGGCAGCAAUCGUCGUGGGCGCCCUCAAGUUCUACCCACUUGUAUACUCUUUCCUCAUGGCCUCAACACCACCCUCAGCUUUACAAGCUGUAAUGGACAUGUGGAAACUAACAGAGCAAAACGUGCGGGAGCGAGUUGCAGGCGGCGCAAGUCGUCCCGAUUUAGUUGGGACAAUGAUGGCAUCUGAGUCCAUGACCCAAGAGGAGAUGGAAGUUAACUCCAUGUUGAUUGUGGCUGCAGGGAGCGAAUCCGUUACAACAGUCCUGACUGGAGUGAUCAAUCAUCUACUCCGCAGCCCAGACAAACUAAAUACGCUUGUUGAAAAACUGCGGACUACAUUUCCAUCCUCAGAGCAAGACAUCACUGGAUCCGCUUUGAAAUCCCUCCCAUAUUUGGAUGGAGUAUUGAAUGAGGGCAUGCGACUUUGCCCUACAAUCCCAGAUGGCAUGCGUCGCAAUAUACCCGCUGGUGGAGCAACUAUCGCUGGGCAAUUUGUCCCUGGAGGAAUGGUGGUCUCGGUUCCCCCAUUCGCGACCUAUCGCGCGUCACGCAACUUCAGCCAUCCAACAGAAUUUGCUCCAGAGCGCUGGUUAUCCGAUGAGGCGUCGAGCUCGAAAUUCAAAGACGAUAGUAAAAUCGCUUUCAAUCCGUUCUCCCUGGGUGCACACAAUUGUCCCGGCCAGAAUUUGGCUUGGUUGGAACUGAGGAUUAUCCUUGCGCGAUUGCUGUGGAGGUAUGAUCUGUCGAUCCCACCUGGUGUCGAUUUGCCUCGGUGGGAGGAGCAAGGUAUCUGGUGGUUUUGGGAUAAACAGCCCACAAUGGUUCGUUUCAGGAAGUUCCGGUAA